UCCACCUCAUUAUCACAAUAAAUUAGAAAAUAAAUAAAACGAAAAUUUAUUCCUAUAACAUACCGUGACUCCUCCGCUGUUACCCGCAACGCCGAUGAUAUCUUUCUAUUCACCGACGACGAUUCUGCCUAUAUCUACUCGAUCCAAAUCAAGCGGUCAAAUAUCACCAUAAAUCCUCCUCCAAACCCUCACCCCACCAUUGUUACGAAGCUUCCCAUAUUUGUUUGCCUCCCUUCCAAAAAAAUGAAUAAUGGAGGCAACAACCAUCGUAGAUAAGCCAAUCUACAAACGACGGCGGGCGGAGGGCCGAGCACCAACGUCGGAGAAGGAGGGAGAGGAGACGAGGCCGACUCGAGUUGCGGCAAAGAAGGAAGAGUUGGAGGAUGAUGAGCUUAUACGUCAUCGUUCAGCUCGCGCAAGACAACCCAACUCUCGCUAUUAAGACUACGCAUAGCCCAACCCAGCAACAAGUCUAGCUUGCCGUUGUAGGAGUAGUUCUCUUAUUAUUGUUAGCAUCUUGAAUGAGUCGUUCCUUGUAGUUAGCAGCAGUAGUUGAAAGUGGUUGAGUCAAUAAUAUCCUCUCCACCUUAAGUGGAGGAAGGUCAGUAGCAGUAGUGUAGGACGUGGGAGGUAGUUCCACAUAGUCAGGUCAUUUCAAAUUCAAGCUCUUUUGUAUUUAACUGCAGCAAAAAGGAAAUAUGAGGCAAGCUAUUUUUUCAGAAUAAACACUGGUUAUCUCGCCAAGAAAAGAGAGUCUGGCUUACUCCCGACAAGAAAGAGGAAACAUACAUUCAUUCAAUUUCAGCUCGUAUCAGAGGAGUUCUUAGUGAUACUGAGAGCGGGGUCGAGUACUUCGAGAAGAGUGGGGUUGAGGCGGGCAGCCUGAUGAGCGGGAAGAGAUGGAGGCUGUUUUUCGAAAAGGAGGAUUUCAUGGAGAUCAACGACGGUGGCUGGGACGAUGAGGUGGUGGUUGGGGAUAGCGAUGGAGGGAAUUAUAAGGAAGUGCAGGGAUGUCGAAACUUGCUCUUUCCACCUCCAAACAUCCCUGCAGGGUAGGUCAUGGCUCGACCUUGUUCAUGGAGUGCAUAUAUGGAUUCAGGUACGAUUCAGGGUCCAAAGAUUACAAGUUCGUGAAUUUCCACAUCUCCAAGAUCCCUAACGGCGGUGAUUCCCUGGAUUCUAGUCUCCGCCGUCGAUUCGACGCUCUAAAAGCAGUUACCGCCUCCACCUCCGCCAGCUCCUCCACCGCCGAUUCGACACCCUCAAAUCAAUUUCUGCCUCCCCCUCCAGAUCCCCUGCCGUCGCAUCUGCCGAGAAAUCGCAAGACAAUCUCAUGGCCAGAUUGAUGCUCUCAAAAUCAAAGGCAGACGCAGCUGUGGAGCUGCCCUGUUCUUCAUUCCCCCAAUCUCUUCCCUGCCUUCUUUCCACCUGAUUUGGGGAAUGAUCCCUCACCAUUACUUGCAGCUCCGACCUCCGCCGUCAUUGAACAAGGUGCCGCUAUAUAGGACCUACUCCGGAGGGACCUGAAAUUGGGUUGGGGGGGGGGGGGGGGAGAUUUUAUCUAGCUAGGAGGCGGCAAGAAGUUUGGAUUCUGGAAGGAAGAGUGACUGCAAGCCUGAUCUCGAAAUCAUGAGAUAGUCCGCUGAGCUUCUGGACGAGGUCCCGGAACGUGGCCGCGUCGGCUUGGACGAACGUGGUGGAUGAAAUUAGCGUGCUCCGGUUUUGUUUGGAUUGAGAGAAUUUCCGUUUCUCAUUCCAAUUCAUCUCCCAUUUGGUAACUUCUAAUUAUAAAAUAAUCAACUACUUUAUUUUAUUAUUUUUUAAUUUAUUGUACUAAUGGCGUGGAAUUCUUUAAAGAUAUAAAUUUUUAUUUUUUAA